AUGUCCAAGGACCUGCUAGGUAACACACGUAACAGCAAAGGCUCCGGCAUCAAGAACAAGUCCUUCAAACUCAUGCUAAAGAAGAUGUUCGUCUGCGAUGGAGGGUUCGCGCCGUCCCCGGCCUUGAAGAAUCCGGUUGAAUCGAGAAUGGACAAGAUCAUCAACUGGGCACGGAGCAGAUUCAAUGGCAGAACGGACAGCAAAAGAUUUGAUCUUGGAGCUGCAAGCCAGCCAGAGAGAAGCCAAGUUGUGCCGGAGGAGUACCAUCUCACCGACGAGCAGCAGCAAUGGCACUCUCAGCAAGACCAGGCAGCCGGUUUCCUCUCCAUCGGCAUGCUCGGAAACGUCAUUGAAGAGCUGGCAGAAGAAGACCACCCCCCGUCGACGCACGAUGACCUGCCGGAGUUCACCAUCGAGGAGGCAGAGAAGCUCCAGGAGGCCCUCACAAAGCUCCUCCGGCGCGCAAAAUCCAAGUCCGGCUCCUGCAAUGCCGAGGACGGCCUCAGCCUGCCGCUAGACCGAUUCCUCAACUGCCCGUCCAGCCUAGAGGUGGACAGGAGAGUCAGGAGGACCCACGAUGAAGGCGACGACGUUGAAGGCGACAACCACCUCUCGCCCAACACCAAGAUCAUCCUGAGCAUGGCCAAGGACCUGCUAGUCAACACCGGUAACAGCAGAGGCUCCAGCGUCAAGAACAAGUCCUUCAAGUUCCUGCUCAAGAAGAUGUUCGUCUGCGACGGCGGUUUCGCGCCAUCCCCGAGCUUGAAGAAUCCGGUGGAAUCGAGAAUGGACAAGUUUUUCCGGACAGUGCUCAGCAAGAAGAUCAAUGGCCGGGCAAGCAGCACCGCCAUGGCGAAAAGCUAUUACUUGGAGGAUAAGCACAAUAAGAGGUCACAGCCACGCGAUAGCUCUUGCCGUGAAGUGGAUAGCGAGGAAGAAGAUUGCUGCAGAUGGGACAGGACAGAUUCUGAAUUCAUUGUUCUGGAGAUAUAA